UCUCCGUUAUUUCAUCUCCAUGAAAGGCGUCAGAAACAAUCCUUUUUCGAUCUUUUUCCUCUCUGGAUUAUCGAUCCGCGAUAGAUUCUGUAUCAUCUCUUUGAUCUGAUCGAGAUUUUUUUUUAAUUUUUGCUUCACGUUCACGCUCCGUUUAGGAUUUCACAUCUGGGUUUCGCUGGAUCCUGAACUCUUCUUUCAUUUUCUCUCGAAGAGGUUUUGAUUCCUGGCAUGAAUUUUUCCCUAACUCGGUUACCUUCGAAGCAGAACAGCAAAAGAUGUCAGAUUCAAGCCAGGAGAGAUAUAUAGUUGGAUACGCUCUCGCAGCCAAGAAAGAGCAUAGUUUCAUCCAGCCUUCUUUGAUCGAGCACUCAAGGCAACGAGGCAUUGAUCUGGUCAAGCUCGAUCCGUCGAAAUCGCUUUUGGAGCAAGGGAAGCUCGAUUGCAUAAUCCACAAGCUGUAUGAUGUGGAUUGGAAGCAGAACCUCCACGAGUUUCGCGAGAAAUGCCCCGGUGUCCCUGUCAUCGAUUCGCCGGAGGAUAUCGAGCGGUUGCACAAUAGGGUUUCGAUGCUCGAGGUGAUAACUCAAUUGACGUUUCCUGUCUCAGAUAGCGAAAGAUUUGGCGUCCCGAAGCAAGUUGUUGUCAUGGAUUCGGGCGUUUUGAGCGGCGGAGGAGCUUUGGGGGAGCUUAACUUUCCGGUGAUCGCUAAGCCGUUGGACGCCGAUGGGAGUGCGAAGUCUCACAAGAUGUUUUUGAUUUAUGAUCAAGAAGGGAUGAAGAUACUGAAGGCUCCGAUUGUGUUGCAGGAGUUUGUGAACCAUGGUGGUGUGAUCUUCAAGGUCUAUGUGGUUGGAGAUCGUGUGAAAUGCGUGAGGAGAAGAUCUUUACCUGAUAUCUCUGAAGAGAAGAUCGGGACAUCGAAAGGGUCUCUCCCGUUUUCACAGAUAUCGAACCUGACUGCUCAAGAAGACAAGAACAAAGAGUAUGGAGAGGAUAGGAGCUUAGAGAAAGUGGAUAUGCCUCCAUUCAGUUUCUUGGAAGAACUAGCAAAGGCGAUGAGGAAAUCAAUGGGUCUCAAUCUCUUUAACUUCGACGUGAUUAGGGAUGCGAGAGAUGCUAAUAGGUACCUUAUAAUCGAUAUUAACUACUUUCCUGGAUAUGCUAAGAUGCCCUCUUACGAGCCUAUGUUGACGGAUUUCUUCUGGGACAUGGUCACAAAGAAGAACCAUGUCUGAGAAUAAACAUUCUUGGGGGAGGAUUUUCUACCUAUUGCAAUGUGUUCUGGAAUUUGUUGCUACUGCCAUUGCAGACUUCUCAAUCCGUCCUAUGGUGACUUUAGCUGCUCUGCUAAUUUUUCAUUUGGAUUCUUGAACAUUGUGCUUUCUUUAUUUUAGUUGUUUCUCUCUCGUUUACUUCCAAGUUUUGCAAAGCCUUGUUCAAAUGCAUAACUGUUGCUACUCUUGAAAAGCAUUCGAUUUCUAAUUUCUUUGGCCAUUUGCUCUGUUGCUAUUUCUUUGUCAAGCUCUUAUGGCGUCUAUUUCUUAA